GUCAAUGCUGUCAGUCAUGAGCAUAUCAGGUCUCGCGGCAUCCCUUCUUCUGUUCUUUCCCUUGAUUGAGGCAAAAGUACCCAACGUUAGCGGAUUCGAACUUACUUGGGCCGAUGAUUCCGAAGGUCGCCGCGACGCCCUCCCCGAUCCCGAAAACCCGAGAAAUGUUCGCGUAAACGGCAAAGGAAGCCUGCAAAUUACUGCCAUCAGAGACUUAAACGGCGGAUGGACCAGCUCUCGUAUUAAGACUCAGCGGACAGAUUUUGUCGCUCAGCCGGGCGGGAAGAUGAGGAUCCAGGCCAGCCUCAAGACCCCUAACAUGAACGGUCAUGGUCUUGGCUACUGGCCAGCUUUCUGGACUCUUGGUAGCGAGUACCGAGGCAACUACUGGAAUUGGCCUUACGUUGGUGAGAUUGGCAUUAUGGAGAACCCUAAUGUUGGCAAUCGGAUAUGGGGCGUUCUGCACUGCGACCGCAACCCUGGGGGGUUCUGCGACGAGUCUAAUGGCAUCGGCAACAGCACUUCUUGUCCGAACAGUGUCUGCUCUGGUAACUUACAUACCUACACUAUCGAGGUUGACAGGUCCGCUAGGCCCGAGAUCUUGCGGUGGUUUGUCGAUGGUGUGCAGUACCACCAGGUCAGUGAAACCCAGUUGUCGGAGGCGAUAUGGACACAGACGGUUCAUAAGCCUCACUUCAUUCUGCUCAACAUGGCGAUGGGCGGUGGGUUUCCGGAUGGUAUUUCUGCUCUGAAGACGCCUUUGAACUCGACCUUGUCAGGGGGCACGUACGAGGCAGACUGUUCGCAGAGCCAUCGGCGAUUGUUCCAAGAAAUCCGUAUGCUCAAAGAAGAUAUCCUGGUUUUAAACCAAUUUGCCAUGAUCGUACUAGAAAACGCCGCCCUUCCCUCUAUCACGGCUACUAAAAACUACAUCGCCAAGCCGCACAUCGUAUUUCUAGCUAGGCGCGCCGGCGCCGAUACCAACCAUAAGCCCAAUACGAACAUUAGGGAAGCUAUGCAGCAUGCCUCGGGCCACUACGGCAGCCGAAGUUAUACUAUACUCACUUUCGAGCAGCAGUUAGACAGGCAGGGGUCAUUUUAUGUAUAUUAA